AACCCUACUUCCUCGCUUAAACCAUCAUUUCCUUCACCUUCUCGAACCACUUUCUUCCUUCUCUCUCCCUCUCGCGAUGGCGCUGGCCUUCGAUGAUUUUGGGAGGCCGUUCAUCAUAAUAAAGGAACAGGAGCAGAAGAGCAGGCUGAGGGGAUUGGAUGCUCAGAAAGCUAACAUCUCAGCUGGAAAGGCCGUCGCUCGCAUUCUACGGACCUCCCUCGGUCCUAAGGGCAUGGACAAGAUGCUCCAGAGCCCCGACGGUGAAGUCACCAUCACAAACGAUGGGGCAACAAUCUUGGAGCAGAUGGAUGUUGAUAAUCAAAUUGCAAAGUUGAUGGUUGAAUUAUCUCGGAGUCAGGACUAUGAAAUUGGUGAUGGCACCACUGGAGUUGUUGUUAUGGCUGGUGCACUUUUAGAGCAGGCUGAACGAUUAUUAGAACGUGGCAUUCAUCCCAUUCGGGUUGCAGAGGGCUAUGAGACGGCUUCAAGGAUAGCUGCAGAUCACUUGGAGCGUAUUUCUCAGAAGUUUGAUUUUAGUCUGUCAAAUAUAGAAUCUCUAGUGCAGACCUGCAUGACCACUUUAUCCUCAAAGAUUGUGAAUCGAUGCAAGCGCACCUUAGCUGAGAUUGCUGUUAAAGCAGUCAUGGCUGUUGCAGAUUUAGAGCGGAAGGAUGUUAAUUUGGAUUUGAUUAAAGUUGAAGGAAAGGUAGGAGGGAAAUUGGAAGAUACUGAGCUAAUCUAUGGAAUAGUUGUCGACAAGGAUAUGAGUCAUCCACAGAUGCCAAAGAAAAUUGAAGAUGCCAAGAUUGCUAUUUUGACUUGUCCAUUUGAGCCACCUAAACCAAAGACAAAGCAUAAGGUGGAUAUUGACACAGUGGAGAAGUUCCAGACUUUACGUCAGCAAGAGCAGAAAUACUUUGAUGACAUGGUUAAAAAAUGCAAGGAUGUUGGUGCAACCCUGGUUAUCUGUCAAUGGGGUUUUGAUGAUGAAGCAAAUCAUCUAUUAAUGCAUCGGAACUUGCCUGCUGUUCGGUGGGUCGGUGGUGUGGAGUUGGAGCUUAUUGCAAUAGCUACAGGUGGAAGGAUUGUACCAAGGUUCCAAGAAUUGACACCAGAAAAGCUGGGGAAGGCUGGGAUAGUUAGGGAAAAAUCAUUUGGAACAACGAAGGACCGUAUGCUGUAUAUCGAGCAGUGUGCAAAUUCAAGGGCUGUAACCAUAUUCAUUCGUGGUGGUAACAAAAUGAUGAUAGAGGAAACAAAGCGCAGCAUCCAUGAUGCCUUGUGUGUUGCAAGAAAUCUCAUCCGGAACAAUUCUAUCGUAUAUGGUGGUGGGUCUGCUGAAAUAUCUUGCUCAAUUGCUGUUGAGACAGCAGCCGAUAGAUAUCCUGGAGUUGAGCAGUAUGCUAUCAGGGCCUUUGCAGAUGCUUUGGAUGCCAUUCCAAUGGCCCUUGCUGAGAACAGUGGGCUCCAACCCAUUGAUACAUUGACUGCAGUCAAGGCUCAGCAAAUCAAGGAGAGCAAUCCACAUUGUGGCAUAGACUGCAAUGAUGUUGGUACAAAUGACAUGCGGGAGCAGAAUGUCUUCGAGACCCUGAUAGGGAAGCAGCAGCAGAUCUUGCUAGCGACACAGGUUGUCAAGAUGAUACUGAAGAUCGAUGACGUAAUCGCCCCUUCAGAUUAUUGAUCGAUUGAUGGCAUGAAUUGAAUUUUUUGCCUUGCCAGAAUGAAAGCGUGCCUUUACAUUGUCAUCCUCCCGUUUUUUUGUUUGAUAAUAGACUAAUUCGGUUAAGAACUCUGUCGCUUUGCUUUGCUUUCUUGAAUUAUUGUUAUCUGACUAAGCUUCUUGUGAUUUUGUUUGGCUAUUGUAUUGAAUUACAAUGUCUAACCAGUGGAUUUUUUCCUGCUCGAGGUGGACUGUUCA